AUGAUUUUAGUUUUGAAAGCAUUUAUGAAAUUGCGUGGAUUUAAAUAUAUUGCAGGGGAUUUUAAUUUUCCCAGAAUUGAUUGGGGUACUUUAUCAAUCAAUUCUGAAAGUAAGUCAAUUGAGAAAAUAUUUGUGAAUUUGGUGAAAAAUUUGUUCUUGCAUCAAGUUGUACAAGAACACACUAGGUUUAGAUCUCUGCAGGCUAAUCAUAUUCUAGAUUUGAUAUUGGUAAAAGAAUUAGAUGAGAUUAAAAAUCUUGUUCACCUGCCCCCUCUUGGUAAAAAUGACCACUGCAUUCUGUGUUUUGAGGUGGGCUUGACCAUUGAUGGUGCUCAUAAAAUAAUAGAUAAAACCCGAUUGAAUUUUAACAAAGGCGAUGAACAAGAUCUGACAGGCGCAGAAACUGUAACAACAUGCAAGGCAGUGAAACAAAAAUUAAACAAAUAA